AUGCGAGACCACAAGUCACAGUUGUUGCCAUUUUCGAAAAUGUUGAAAGAGAAAAUUGAGCUGAAAGAGAAUGUUGAGCACUGGAAUAACAAAUUUGUUGUUCCUUUGGAAUUGAGAAAUCGGAAACAAAAGCUUUUUCUCUUAUUUUCGACUUCUGACAUAAAUUUGAUUUUAUUGAUGAGGAAAGAAAUGGCAAAAACCACUGAUUAUGUUAAUCGAAACAGCAAAGCUUAUUAA